AUUGGGAGUUUGCAUGGUGAUCUGAAAUUUGAGGAGGAGCGCAUAGUGACAGGUGAUCCUUUGACCCAAAUAGUUUCAUGUAGUUGUGGAAUGUUCAAUAGGACGGGAAUAUUAUGUGGACAUGGUCUCAAAGUUCUCGAUUUUAUGAAUAUAAAGACCUUGCCAACACACUACUACUUAAAGAGAUGGACUAGGGAAGCACGUAACGGAAGCAUACUUGAUAGACAAGGAAGGAACGUGGUAGAAAAUCCAAAGUUGGAAGCUCAGCUUCGGUACAAGAAUUUGUCUCACAAAUUUCACACAAUGGCAUAUAAAGUAGUCAACUCUCUUGAAUGUUGUCUCAUGUUAGAAAAUGCACUUGACAACAUUGGUCCUCAAUUAGAGGAUAAACUCAAUGCAACUACCAAUACUAUGGAUAAGCAAGGUAGUGGCCAAGAAAAUGUUGACCCAAAUCUUCAGCAAACAAAUGAGUUUCUUACUGCUGCAAAGCUCAAGAAAAAGGAGGUUCCAUCAAAAAAUUUAAGGAGAAAGAAAACUUGGCUUGAUAAGUUACUCAAGGGGAGGCGGCCAAUUCAAGUUGCUGCAUCCAAAAACAGAGGAGCAAAGCAACCAAAGAAACAUGAUGGUGUAGAGUCUCAAGUAGGAGUGGAGAAGGAUGACAACAAUAAAGGAGCAAAUCUAGAGAUUCAAGGGUGUGACGCCAUCAUCAGUUACACGCAGCUCUUGACGGACGCCAUUUAUGAUGAGCAUAUCUUCUAGCAUGUACGACCUAUAGUAUUUUGGAUUUUGGACAAUAUCGACUAAUAUUUUGGACAUAGUUGACUAUAGUAUUUUGGAUUUUGUGGCUAAAUGAAGUCUUUUGUGGCCUAACUGAUCAUGUAAGAACAAAUUCCUGUGCUAAGUGCUUCCAACUUUCAAUCUGUCAACUGUUCAGAUUUGGGACUGCAGAUUUGUAAAGAAAUUAGAGUUGAUGAACUAUUGUUCUUAUAUAAACCUGUGCAGAUUUCAGAUGUUGAGAGGUGUAAUCUGUACUUAUAAACAUGCUGUUGUAUUCUGCGUUCAAAAAUAACCUGCUGUUUUAUUCCUAUUCUUCUAAACCUGCUGCUGUAAGUGUGUGUGCCGUGUAGAUUCGUUGCCAGCCGUCCGAUAUGACUUGAAGGUGGAUUCUGCGGGCACGCGGUGCCUUCGCCGCAGCAAGCCACUGGAUCCGGCUCCCUCUCCUGCAGUCCUAUUAUUCCCCUCGAGAACUCUCAUCUUCUGCUUCUGUCCUCUGACCUGUUCUUCUGCCAGUGUUUGUUGUUUGUACGCGAUCCUGUAAUGC